UAUAUGUAAACAUGGGAAAAAGAUGAACUGUAUAACGUACUUAAAUAGGGGUAGUGGAUCUUUAUCGACGAUCUACUUUUGACCAGCGAAAGUGGCCGAAGCAAGAAGAGCAUGUUACGAACAUGUCAACCAAAUAUCUAAGAAAUAUUUCAUCUGUUGAACCUUUCCGACGACAGAAAAUUUGUAUCUUUGGGUGCAAGUUGGUCAUGCUUCCUCGGGGCUUAGUUAAUACAACCGAUAUUAACGACACAUCUAGACCUCCUUUCUUUAUUAAACAUACAAUGAUAAUCAAUUGUAUGAAGUGCUUACUGCAGGGAAGAAGAGUAAAAAGAACUGAAGAGGUUGAUGAUGGUAAUCCAGGUAAAUCUUCAGCCAAUCAUAUUCUGAAAACACGGAGUAACCGAGUCAAACAAGAAAAUGAAAAUCCCGAUCUUUUUUUUCCUAAUCCGUCAGAGACUGCUCAAGGGGACACGGAUGAGUAUGUUAAUAACUAUGACAGUCCUCUUGAAGAAACAGAACACCAGAUACAGGAUGUAGAAAAUCUCGACAAAGACGUUCAGACGACUCUCUUUAAAAUUAUAAUUAUUUCUUUAACGGUAUCCUUUGUAUUAUGUAUGUUUGUCUAUCCUUGUGCCAGUUUUUUGUGGAUGUUCAGGCGAAGACCUGCAGAGAAUUGCUGUAUCUGCUGGGAUAGUGUCAUUUGUAGGGAUCCAAGUAAGUGUUAA